ACACGUUUAAUCUGUUAGAUGCUUUUCUCAGGGACCAUUUUUCCAGCCCUUGUGCGUUCCUCUAGAAUACUAUUUCGCAAAAAUUGACGAACAGCUUCUAUACUUUCACUAGCUUUGACUUUUAGCCUUUAUUUUCUAAAGCAGUGGCAAGAGCUUUUCGCUUUUUCUUACACUCUUCCUCUUUUUCUUUUAUAUCUAACUCUAUCUAUCUAACUUUUAUACUUAACUCUUGAUGAAGUUUGAACUUUUGCAUUCUCUCUCCAACGCCUUCUCAGUGCCUCUUUACACCUUUCCUCCCACCUAGCUGCCUUCUGUAUGUGCCUUUUUUCGUGCUCUAAAAUUCUUUCGUUUCGUAUAUUGUCUUCUUAGCUUCUGCAUGGAGAUAUGAAAGAUUAACAACCAUUUUUUUUCAAAAACACCCAACAUGAGGUCAGCGGAUCAGAGUCUAUUAUACCCUGCCCACGUCCAACAUGAGGUCAGCGGAUCAAGGUAUACCUUGCCCACGUCCAACAUGAGGUCAGCGGAUACGUCUAAGCAGUUCGUUGGAUCCGAGCCGUAAGUAUACCUCCAAUGCCUGCAUGUACUUUUAUGUGUGCCUGAAGGUACAACUGUGCCUUAAAUCAAGAGUAUAUACCUGACGGAGCAGUGUUCCGACAAAUACUCUCCUAAGAGAAUUUAGCGUAAGUGUGUCUGGUUUUAUUAACCCUCUCCUGCACACAUGCAUGGCGAGGGUUAUUGUAGUUGGUCUGUCUGUGUUUCAGUGUGUGUGUGUGUCCGUCCGUCCACCGUUUUUCUCUGAUACCGCGGAAGCUCUGAGCGUCAAACAUGCAUAUGUUAUCUGGUAGGAGGCACGCAUGGCAGACUAAGAUUCUGGAGACGAUCGCUGUGACAGAUGGCUCCUUCCUGCAUGCAAUGGACCAAAUGGGAGGCUGGUAAUCAGGGAGGUAAUUCAAUACCACCAAGCUUGCUGGUCUGCCUGCUAGGAGCGAGAUUUGCAGUGAAGGGAGUUGCUGGUGUGCUUGUGGUGAUGAAAAAGGAUAAUAUAGCUAGUCAUGUUCUGUUGGCUAUUCCUGUCAAGCUCUAUGAGUGGGUCUGUACACAGAUACUAUACGGAGAAGGCUCUUCAAUGACAGCAGGCCUAAUAGGAUCGAGCAAGCUGCAAAGGUACAGACUGAAUCAAGAAGAAGAGAACGACGUAAACGACUCUAUCAAAGCCGUAAAAAGUACAUUCGCACUCCAAAGGAAGAGAAGAAAAUAAGUUUGGAAUAUAUGACGGAGGAGAGCGAGGCUAGUGAUGGGGAGAAAGUAAACAAGCAUUCUUUGCCGUGGCGCUCAGAAAGGCUUAACAAGUUGGUCUGAAAACUGGACAACCGUUCAAAGCAGGCACCGGGAAAGAAUGUUUUCCUAAAGAGCAGAUAGAUAAGUCUCCGUCACUUAUUUCUCCUCCCACUAAUUCCCCCAGGUGGGCUGUGUGCCAGUCCGAGGGAUCUGCUGAGCCUGGUUCUACUCCCUCCAGAGAGGAAAACGAUUCAACGAGCAGGAGAUUAAAUCCACCACCUCCGGAGUGCUUUAGUGACACUAAUGUGGACUGAACUACUGCAUGUACUCAUACCUUGUGGACUGAACUCCUGUAUGUAUACUGUGCUUUUAC